CAUGUUGCUAUCAUUUAACAAUCAGACAGGAGAGAAUCCCUGUCUCUGUCUCUUGUCCGAUAGUCCAUCGCAAAAGGAUUUAACUCCGCAAGCAGAAACUGGAACUGAGCUCUUUUCUACAGAUCUUCAUCCUCAGCUCAGAAUAAUCUGUAAAGAUGUACCGUGGGUUUGUGUUACUGUUCUUGGUUUUGGUGCUGGAAACCCGAUGGAGUGAGUCGAGCUGUCAGCAGUCAGAGUCUCAAAGAUCAGUUUCAAGCGAGAGUCCAAGUUUUCGGAUGUCGACUCAUAACUUGCUGAAGAGGUAUAAUGACAUAGAUUAUGACAGUUUCGUCGGAUUAAUGGGACGCAGAAACGCCGAAACAAAUGAUAUACCACCUCAACGUAAAAGGGAAAUGCACGAUAUCUUUGUCGGACUCAUGGGUCGACGAAGCGCUGACCCUGAAUCAGGACGUCAAUGGAGGAAAGAGUACCCAGAACCAAGUGGAGGAAUCUUCUUCAACAAAUGCAAACUGAGGUUUCGUCGUGGGUUAUAGGCAAACUAAUGACUUCAUAUCCACUGAAUCGUCUGCACCACCCUGUCACGACAGCUUCUUUUCAAUAAACUUCUUUGGAGCAACAACAAGAAGUCAUAAUCUAUUUUACAAAAGUGAUGGAGCAACCGCGAUUUAUACAAGAUGAAUCUAAUAAACAUGAUUUCCUAUGGUGUGAUUUGUUUCAUUGUACUGCAAAUUAUACAUUUGAUUACAUCUUAAAAUGCCAAAUUGAAAUCUCCAUUUACAUCCCAUGCAUUUCUAUAUAUAUUUAUUCAAAGUUAUUUUUGCUGUCUAAUGUAUAAA